AUGUGCACCAGUGAGAGCCACCCACAGUCGGCAAGUGUUGGGUUUGAUCAGUUGUCUACAGAGGGCAGCUUCACCUCUGAAAAUGACAUCUUUACCUGGAGCAAUAGUUUUUUUGAAAUAAAGAAGUUAAGUCGAGAUGAAGAAGAGCUAGUCUCAAAAUGUGAGAAACGCAAAAAGAUCCUGGAAAGUAUAAAGUCAAGCAAAGAUGUUCUUCACAAAGAGAUGGCUCAUCUUCAGAAACAACAUCUGAGCCAGAAAGAUUUUCUGAAGUCCAAAGAUACAGACCAAAUGUUGAAGAAGGCAGAAGGCAAAAAGGAGGAGGUUGUGUCUCUGGAGGCUGAGAAGCAGAGGCUGACUGAGGAGAUGCAGCAGCUGCAGCGGAAGAAGUUUGAUCUGGAGCUGCAAGUGCACAGCCACUCUGUGUUCCAUGACUUUAUGAAACAAGUCGUAGAAAUAUCCCAGUUUGAGGAAGUCCAGGAGCAGGUGGAUCAUUUGGAGAAUCUUCUGCACUUCAGGGAGCAGCUCUCUGAGAAGGACAGUUGUGAUCACGAACGCAUCAACACGCUCAGGACAGAACUCGUGACGUUAAGAGACAACCAUCACCUCAUGAUGGUGCGGGGAAGGAACCAGCUCUCAGAUCUGCAGACUGAGCUGGAGAAAACACGCUCCGAAACCUUCUCAUGGGAACAAAAAUGGAAGCACAUUGAAGAAACGGCAGCAGAGAAAACACUUGUGUUGGGAAAAAUUAAAAUGGCCACUCUGAACCUUUAUGAAAUGACUGGCAGCUCUUUGGACAAUGGCAGAAAGAGUGUAGAUGAGAACGAUACAGAGACACAGCUCAAUAAGAUUCAGGAAUUUAUACUGGACCACAAGGGGAUUGUGAAUGAAAACCUCUUGACAAAAGAAAAGAUUCCUGAUGACUCAAACAAGAUCAUGUUCAAAAAUGUGUUUGGUUCGGGGUUUCUGGUGAGAACAGCCCAUGUGAUUCUGACAUGGGUGAUCACUCUCAUCCUCUUCCUACAUGAUACAGAAUUAAGGAAGCAGGAGGAGACGGCACAGCUCUUUCAGCCAGUCCUCUUCGUGUUGCUGGUGCUGGUCUCAGUGCUGCUGUAUUUUGCAGUUUCUUUGAUGGAUCCAGGGUUCAUCCUCUCUGAUGACAGUGACUUAAAGUUCACUUUGGGAGUGACUGAGGAGCAGCAGGAUAUGAUCCCACAGACCACAAAGUCCAUGCGUCAGCGUCGCUGUGGCCACUGCCUGCUUCAGCAGCCAAUGCGAUCAAAGCACUGCCAGACGUGUCAGCACUGUGUGCGGCGCUACGACCAUCACUGUCCCUGGAUCGAGAACUGUGUCGGUGAACGAAACCAUCGUUGGUUUGUGCUCUACUUGGUCAUUCAGUUGAUCGUGCUGCUCUGGGGACUGCACAUCGCCUUGACGGGCUUCAGCUUUGGCCCCACAUGGGAGCUGUGGCUGCGCUCCAACGGCUCGCUGCUCGCGGUGGCGGUGCUGGUGGCGGUCCUAUCUCUGAUUGUUCUGCUACUGCUCGGCUCACAUCUCUAUCUGGUCUCUCUCAACACCACCACCUGGGAGUUCAUGUCUCGACACCGGAUCUCGUACCUAAAACACUGUGGAGCAGAUGAAAACCCUUUUGACAGAGGGCCUCUUCACAACCUGUGGGGGUUUUUCUGUGUCUGGGGCUCUGUGGUGUGGGAGCAGGUUUAUUUCUGUGAGGGGAGCAACCAGGUUUAG